CAUCAUUCCCCCAGGACUUCCACCCUAAGGAAAGGAGCCUCUGGACCCACAUCCUCUAAGAUGUUUAUAUGGACCAGCGGCCGGACCUCUUCAUCUUACAGACACGAUGAGAAAAGAAAUAUUUACCAAAAAAUCAGGGACCACGACCUCUUGGACAAAAGGAAAACUGUCACAGCACUGAAAGCAGGAGAGGACCGGGCCAUUCUCCUAGGACUGACCAUGAUGGUGUGCUCCAUCAUGAUGUACUUUCUGCUGGGAAUCACACUCCUGCGCUCAUACAUGCAGAGCGUGUGGACCGAGGAAUCUCAAUGCACCUUGCUGAAUGCGUCCAUCACGGAAACAUUUAAUUGCUCCUUCAGCUGUGGCCCGGACUGCUUGAAGCUCUCUCAGUACCCCUGCCUCCAGGUGUACGUCAACCUGACUUCUUCAGGCGAAAAGCUCCUUCUCUACCACACCGAAGAGACGAUGAAAAUCAAUCAGAAGUGCUCCUAUAUACCUAAGUGUGGAAAAAAUUUUGAAGAAUCCAUGUCCCUGGUGAGUGUUGUCAUGGAAAACUUCAGGAAGUACCAACACUUUUCCUGCUAUUCUGACCCAGAAGGAAACCAGAAGAGUGUCAUCCUAACCAAACUCUACAGUUCCAACGUGCUGUUCCACUCACUCUUCUGGCCAACGUGUAUGAUGGCUGGGGGCGUGGUGAUCGUUGCCAUGGUGAAGCUCACACAGUACCUCUCCCUGCUCUGUGACAGGAUCCAACGGAUCAAUAGAUAA